UAAGAGCAGGGCGCUUUGAGUCACAUGCGUCGCACUCUCCGGCUCAAAAAGUUCAAACAAGUUUGCAAUGAAACAUUUUAUUCUAGUCGUGCAUGUUAAUCCGUCUGUCAGCUCCUUGAUUUCUACUUGGUUUAUACAAAAUCGUCUUAGUUUGUAGUCUUUAAAAGUUGUUUGAGGCCAGCAAUGGAGGGACGCGUUCAGAAAGUGGUAUCAGACUUCAAACCAGACCUGGGUCUGCUGAAAGAGCCGCUGGGGUUCCUGCGGGUGCUGGAGUGGGUGUUCAGUGUUUUCGCCUUUGCCACCGUGGGAGGUUAUUCUGGUUCGACCAGUAUCAACAUCCAAUGUGCUGAUAGCCAACUUCAGGAGAUUACGGCGCACUUUUAUUAUCCAUUCAGGCUGCCCAGUUACCCCUUCCACGUCCCCACCUGUAAUGGAAGUUCCUCAGGAUUCGUGAACACCUUCCUUGUGGGAGACUUCUCCCCUUCUGUGGAGUUCUUCGUGUGCGUUGGGGUGCUCGCGUUCCUCUACUGCAUAGUCACGCUGGUGGUCUACUUGGGCUACCGGCACAUCUACCGUGGGAACAGCCGUGCUCCUAUUCUCGACCUGCUGGUGACCGGGACCUUCGCCUUCAUGUGGCUGGUGUCCUCCUCCGCCUGGGCCAAAGCCCUUUCUGACAUCAAGAUGUCCACUAGCCCCUCCUUCCUGGUGCGGGUCAUCAGUACCUGCAAGAUCUUAGGCAACGGCUGCACUCCGGGCGCCCUGCCUUCCACGAGCCGCCUCAAUGUCUCUGUGAUUUUUGGAUUUCUUAACCUCAUCCUCUGGGGGAGCAACUGCUGGUUCAUUUAUAAGGACACCCCGUUCCACAAAGCAGCGAACACCCAAGCUGAAGACGAGGAAGGAGGACCGUCAGCACCACCCCCGACCUCGAGAAAAUAAUGGGGCGGAGCCAGAGGCCGCGGUGGCCGCUUAGACGUUGCUGCGGCGCGUGGGCAUGUCUACUACAAUACAGACAUGGAGAUCUGUGGGCCGUGCGAAACCUCUCAUAUUUAUGGGUAUAGUUUACAAAAAAUGUCAUUUUAAUUAAGAAUCUUUUUUUUAAAAGGUGAAUGCCUAAUUGGUAUGCAGUAUAUUUUUUUUAACAACAGAUUUCUGAAAUGUGUCAGAAUAUUUAUUUAACUGUCCGUUAUUGAAGUAAAUCGUCCAAACAAUUACCCCCCCCC